UGAAACCCUUCUUUUAAAGAAUAACAACAUCAUCCAACGCCGGUUGAUUUUGAUCCUGACAAAAUGAGCAAGAGAAAGAAUGCAACGACAGAAAAUCCCAAUAAGGAUUUUUGUGAUUUCCUGAUGGAACUGGCCAACUAUGAGAAGAAUGUCAACAGACAAAUGCACAAAUACAACGCAUACAGGAAGGCAGUGGGGGUACUGGCGAAACACCCCACUCGUAUCAAGAGUGGGGCAGAGGCUAAAAAACUGGAUGGAAUUGGUGAUAAAAUUGCAAAGAAGAUAGAUGAGUAUAUAGAUACAGGAUCCUUGAGGAAAUUAGAAAAGAUCAGAGCAGAUGACACAAGUGUGGCAAUUAAUGAGCUCACCAAGGUCACAGGAAUUGGACCUGCUGCUGCUCAGAAAUUGGUCCAGGAAGGAAUCACUUCCAUAGAAGAAUUGCGGAAACAUCCAGAUAAGCUGAACCACCACCAGCAGAUUGGACUGAAACAUUUUGAAGACUUUGAAAAGAGAAUUCCUCGAGCUGAAAUGGAACAGAUUCAGGACACUGCCUUCAGUGAGAUCAGGAAGCUGGAUGAUAAGUUUGAGGCCAGAGUCUGUGGCAGCUUCAGGAGAGGUGCUGAAUCCAGUGGAGAUAUUGAUAUUCUUCUGACCCAUCCAGACUACACCUCGAAAACCAAAGGAAAGCCAGACCUGCUUCAUCAGGUUGUGAAGAGACUGGAGAAGGUUGGGCUCAUCACAGACACGCUGGUCCACGGAGACUUCAAAUUCAUGGGUGUCUGUUGUGUUUUGGAAUCCAGCCCAGGUUCCUCCAAAAAGAGGUGCUUCAGGAGGAUAGACAUCAGGUUGAUUCCCCAUGACCAGUAUUACUGCGCUCUGCUGUAUUUCACAGGAAGUGACAUCUUCAAUAAGAACAUGAGAGCACAUGCUCUGGAGGUCGGGUUUACCCUCAAUGAAUACACGCUCCGGCCCCUCGGUAGCACAGGGACUCCUGGGGAGCCUCUACCUGUGACAUCGGAGGAGGACAUCUUUGAUUAUUUAGGAAUGGAGUACAAACAGCCAUACCAGAGGAACUCUUGACUACGGGUCCUACAUAAUCAUAGCAAUUAUUUUAACAAUGGCCUCCUAGAUCUUCAUGUUUCAUUUGAUAUGUGUACCAGUGUUUCAGUUUCUUGUGGUUACUCAUAUUUCACUUUUAAAGUCCUUUUUUCAUAACCUACCAUGUAUGUUGUCUUUGUAAAUUGUUUAUCAUAUGAAUUUUUUCAGAAUUCCAAUAAAAUUUGGCAGCUAUUAGAA